UUGAAGCAGACGCCAUUAUAUAAACUUCAUAUUGAAAAAGGUGGUAAAAUGGUUCCUUUUGCUGGCUGGUCUAUGCCAGUACAUUAUGCAAAUCAAGGUAUUCUAUCGGAGCACUUACACACGCGUGAAUAUGCAUCUCUAUUUGAUGUUUCGCAUAUGCUUCAAUUUAGAAUCCUCGGAAAAGAUCGCAUACGUUUUCUCGAAAGCUUGAUUGUUGCCGAUAUAGAGGAGAUGCCAUUUGGUGCCUCAGUUUUAUCCGUAUUCACUAAUGAGAAUGGUGGAAUUAUUGACGAUACAGUUAUUUGUAAACAUGCCGACCACCUUUUUCAAUAUGAAGUUUAUAUAAUGGCGUCUGCUUCAACUGAGCA